GAAAACCAAGGCAACAUGACACCAAUGACACUGGGAUCGACGGUCGAGAACCAUACCAUACCCUACCCCCCCCCCCCCCCUUCCGCCAAAGCUGCUUGAACGGACACGGAGGAACGCAGACGCGCGCGCUCCGAAUGUACGCAUUGUACAGCGGCCUAGACCUAGUUCGUUCACCUUUGAACUAUUUUGGGUGUCACCGGCAAAAUGGCGUCUCACAUCGACAAGAAUUUCCCUGUUGCUGGGCUGCUGCCGAAGAAUGAAACAAGUGCAUCAGCUUUCCUCACCAAGUAUCCAGAGUAUGAUGGAAGAGGUGUGGUUAUUGCGAUUUUGGACACCGGCGUUGAUCCAGGGGCGCCUGGAUUGCAGACAACUACUGACGGUCUUCCCAAAAUAAUUGAUAUCAUUGAUGCAACUGGAAGUGGCGAUGUGAUUACGUCAACUGUAGUGGAAGCGAGGGAUGGCGAGAUUACAGGAUUGACAGGAAGGAAACUCAAGAUACCUUCACACUGGCAAAAUCCUUCAGGAAAGUUCCAUAUAGGAGUGAAGAAUGCUUACGAGCUUUAUCCUAAGGGGCUGAAAGAGAGGGUUCAGAAAGACCGCAAGGAGAAGCUGUGGGACAGGUACCACAAACCUGCAAUCGCCGAGGUAACGCGCAAGCUAGAAGUGUACGAUGUCGCGCAUCCUAACAUCACCAAACAGGAGGAGAAACUUGAGAGGGAUAAUCUUGCCGCCAUGUUGGAUGUACUCAACAACGCAGAUAAGAAGUACUCCGACCCCGGUCCAGUCUAUGAUUGUCUCGUCUUCAACGAUGGCAACACAUGGAGAGCUGUAGUUGAUACCUCAUCAUGUGGUGAUCUUGCCUCCUGUACUGUACUAGCCAACUAUAAAGAAGAUCAUCAGAUGGCAACCCUCAGCAACCUAGAUAUGCUGAACUACUCUGUAAACAUCUACGACGAUGGUAACAUCCUGAGUAUAGUCACCAAUGCUGGUUCCCAUGGGACCCAUGUAGCUGGUAUAGCAGCAGCUCACUUUGCUGACAACCCUGAGAAGAACGGCGUUGCCCCCGGUGCUCAGAUUGUAGCCGUAAAGAUAGGAGAUUCGCGUCUGGGUUCUAUGGAGACUGGUAGUGCGCUGGUUCGAGCGAUGAUUGCUGUCAUAGAGCAUAAAGUUGACCUUGUCAAUUUCAGUUAUGGAGAGGCAGCUCAUUGGCCGAAUGGAGGACGAGUAUGUGAUGUGAUAUCAGAAGCAGUCAACAACCAUGGUAUUAUAUUCGUCUCCUCCGCUGGUAAUAAUGGACCAGCGUUAUCUACCGUAGGUUGUCCGGGAGGUACCACUUCAAGUAUUAUAGGUGUUGGAGCCUAUGUGUCGCCUGAAAUGUCGGCAGCUGAAUACUCACUCAGGGAGAAGCUUCCAGGGAUGCCCUAUACAUGGUCGUCAAGAGGACCAACUGUGGAUGGUUCAUUAGGGGUGAGCAUAUGUGCCCCUGGGGGCGCUAUAACGUCAGUACCUAAUUGGACAUUACGAGGUACUCAACUCAUGAACGGUACUUCAAUGUCAUCACCAAAUGCUUGCGGAGGAAUAGGCCUAAUUCUUAGUGGUUUGAAGAAGGAAAAUAUACACUACACACCCCACAGUGUCAGAAGAGCGGUUGAAUGUACUGCACAGAGCUUAGACAAUGUAGAACGCUUCUCACAAGGCUAUGGCCUCCUUCAGGUUGUCAAAGCAUUUGAGUUUCUUCAGACAUACCAAGACUGUCCCAGUCGCAAUGUGAAGUUCAAUGUCUCGUUCGAAGGGGGGCGUGGCAUUUACCUCAGGGAAAACAACAAAACUCGGGAAUGCAAUGUAUCUAUUGAACCAGAGUUCGUCGAGAGUACAGAUCCUGCAGAAAAGAUUGCCUUCAAUCUUCACAUAGCACUAGCCGUAGAAGCUCCCUGGGUCCAUGCCCCGGCACACCUUGUCCUCAUGAACACCUCAAGGUCGGUCUCUAUCAAGGUCGAUCCUCAAGGACUUCCGGAGGGAGCGCACUACACCGAGGUGUGCGGUUAUGACCUGAAUGAACCUGCUAAAGGACCACUCUUCAGAAUACCGGUGACCGUCAUCGUACCUCAAGAUCUCAACGGUCAGAUCGAUGUAGAAUGGAACGACAAGGAAUUCAAAUCCGGUCAGAUCAGGAGACACUUUGUCAGGAUACCUCAGGGGGCAACAUGGGCAGAGAUCAGUAUAACAUCAUUAGAAAGAGAGCAGUCAUCACGUUUUGUGCUGCACACCAUACAGCUGCAGCCUCAGACAGCCUACAGGAACAAUGAGUUCUACAAGUUCCUUUCGCUUCAAGAACAAUGCGAGGUCCAACACUCGUUUGCAGUUCAUGGGGGGCAGAUCAUGGAAUUCACCAUAGCAAAGUGGUGGGCAAGCUUAGGGAGGUCAAGGGUCAAGUAUAGUCUAUCGUUCCACGGCCUGCAGCCUUCACAAAAGACUGUGCAAAUGCAUGCAGCGAAUGGAGUCCGGAGGUUGUACGUGAAGUCAACCCUCAGGGUGCAAGAACUCUGUCCAUCCAUAUCAAUUAAGAACUGUGUGCAACCUCUUAGACCAAAUGAAUGUGAAUUACGUCCUCUUGGCUCGCGGGAUGUCUUACCAAAAGGCAGGCAAAUCUAUGAACUCAUCUUGACAUACAACUUCCAUCAAAGUAAAACCUCAGAGAUCACACCAAACUGCCCUUUGCUGAGUGAUCUGUUGUAUGAGUCAGAGUAUGAGAGCCAGCUGUGGAUGCUGUUUGAUGGUAACAAACGUUACAUGGGAUCGGGUGAUGCAUACCCUCACCAGUACACUCUGAAGCUUGAUAAGGGAGACUACACACUCCGUCUCCAAGUCAGACACGACAAGAAGGAGAUGCUCGACAAGCUCAAGGACAUGGUCCUCCUCAUCGAUCAGAAACUAUCCUCCAGUCUAUCCGUUGAUGUCUACCAGACGGUAAAUGGCGCCCUCAACGGCAAAGCAAAGUUCGGUUCCACCAUGACAGUACCGCGAGGCAGCUCCGUGCCGCUGUUCAUACCGCCCAUUCCAGAUGAUAAGCUGCCGAAGGGGGCGAGCCUGGGACAGAUUCUAACUGGACAGGUCACGUUCGCCAAGAGUGAACUUGGAAAGAAGGUAAAGGGCAAGAGAGGUCACGCAGCAGGCUUGGGGUCAGAGGGCAAAAGGAACAUGGGAUUGAAGCCUGACACCUAUCCAUUUGUGUACGUACUGACCCAAUCACCGCACAAGUCCCAUCUACCCAAACCAGACAAAUCAGCCAAAGACAAGGAGAAGACCAAAGAUGAAGAGUUUGCUGAAGCUAACAGGGACAUGAAGAUCAGCUGGCUAUCAAAGCUUGAAGGUGAUGACCUGUACAAAGAGCUAGCUGAGCAGUAUCCCACGCAUCUACCUCUCUACGUAGCUCAACUGAACAAGAAAGAAAAUCAGAAGGAAAGGAGCAAGAACCUUCAAGACAUUGUAGAAGCUGCCAAUCAGGUAAUCUCUUUGAUUGACCAAUCAGAGCUGGCGAUAUUUGUAGCCAUCAAGAAUGAUACAAGACCGGAUGCAGUCAGUAUAAAACAGGAAAUGGAGAAGCAGAAGCACCACCUUAUAUCAGCGCUGUGUCUCAAGGGGGUCGCAGUGGCAGAUCAACUACUCGCAGCAACCCCUGAGACGACCCAAGCGGACAAGGAUUCUUCUUCUGCCGCCACGGCCACAACCACCACCACCACUUCAUCUACGGCACCUACCACAUCCACAACAGCAACGGCAACACCACCGGCCAGUGCGUCGGCAGAAGUGAGCACCUCGGCUGUCUUGGAUGAAGACGCGGCACUACGGGAGGAGAUGGAGCACACGUAUACAGAAGUCUUGAAGUGGGCAGAUGCCGAGGAGAAGAAGGUGUUACUCUUCACAACUAGACACGCUCAGGUCAGCAAACAUCAAGGACGUAGACUCAAGUGUAUGCUCAAACAACAAGAAAUGGAAUCUAGGCCUACCAAGGAUGGCGAACUCAGGAUAAUUGAGGUGUACAAAUCAUUAGGAUGGGAUCAUAUAGUAGAACAUGCAGUCAGCUGGCUUCCUGUCAAGUAUCCACCAAACUUCCUCCCAUUCUAGACCUGUCUGUCCUUGGUCCAUUUUAGACCCGUUCUAGACCUGUCCUUGGUCCGUUUUCGACCUGUUCUAGACCCGUCCUUGGCCUGUUUGGACCUGUUCUAGACUAGUCCUUGGCCUGUUCUAGACCUGUCCUUGGUCCAUUUAGACCUGUUCUACACCAGUCCUUGGCCUGUUUUAGACCUGUUCUAGACCAGUCCUUGGUCCAUUUUAGACCUGUUCUAGACCAGUCCUUGGCCCUAUUUUUGACCUGUUUCGGGUCACUUUAGGAUUUCUUCAUUCGUGCUGCAAGCUAAGAUGUUCCUAUCGCCCGUUGCUCUCUGUCAGCCAUCUGUACGGGGUUGUAUCAACGCCUGGGGCUGUUACACGAAACCUAGCGAUUGAUCUUACAAGUGAUCUGUAUGCCUGAUUGCGCAUAACUUAUUAAUGCAAUCAAGUAUAUAAUGAGCCCUAGAUCAAAUGAUUAGUUUAGUGUAACCUGUCCGUUAAAAAAAAAGUGAUUAAAGGUCAACUGAUGUUUUGAAAAAUGAUUUGUUGCCUUUGUUAUCAAGAAACGGCUCUCUCGUCGAAGACUUGGUGAUUUUUCCAAUAACACGCAGACGUGGUCUCCAACGGGUGAAAACAAAUCAGAGUCAGCGUUUGAAUUGAGGACUGAAAGCUUGGAUAAUUUGUGAAGCAGUAAUCCAACAAUCUUCUGAGAAAGAAAGAAUAUGUGUGUAAUAACCACAUGUCAAGUGUGCAAAUGUGAUAUGUCUUUGUGUGAAUGAUAGCUAGAUAUAAUAAUAACCAUAUUUAAUUGAUGAAAGAUGUCUAAAGGUAGAAGAGUUAUCUAUACAUACUUUUUACAUAACAUAGAGUGGACAAACGAGUUCAGAUGCAGUACUUUGAGUAUAGAAGGGAAGUCUUGUUUUACCAUCGCUCUAUAUUUAUUGGAACAUUUUGUCUUUUCUCAGGAGUAGCGUAGAAUCAACAGUAUUGUCGGAAAGACACGCCCUUUAUUUGAUGUGUCAACGUUCUAAAACUUGUGAUAAAGUAACUUUCGUUAGUCAUAUUAUGUGAAUGUUAACCUGUAAAUGUUUACAGCCUCAUGUUCAUGUCCCGGUUGGUCGUAUGUCAGGGCCCUGUGUCAUAAUGCUUAGUAAUUGAUCAUAGACAGAAUUUCAUGAUUAAAUGCAUUGACCACAGUGUACAAUUAUUCAUGAAAAUCAAACGUACGAUCAAUCACUAAGCCUUGUGGUACAUGGCCGUGAUUGGCUUACCCACAAUGGCUAUGCCCAUUUUGUCUAAUGUAUGUUUGGUCCAAUUAUCUCUGACGGAGCGUUUCAAGAAAAUAUUUGCAAUCACUGAUUUCCGAUGCAAUUUGCGAUUGAUAGAUCAAUUUUAGCUGUAGCAAGUCAGUUUGCCCUCCUUUCAUCUCACUUGGCUUUAUUCCAGUCUGUAAAGUUCCUCUGCUUUAUUGCCUUUUUUAACCUUGAUUUUUAUGUUUUAUUGUAUAUAUCUUGAUAAUAUGAAUAAUGUCCUAUUUGUACUCCCGCCACCCUCUUCCUUUAAUGACUGCACUUUUGUUUUUUUUAAUAACCAGAAAUUUUUUACUUAGUUCAGGAAUGGAUUAAAAUAGUGUUAUCUUGUAUUGUGAAGUUUUUAAGUGUAGAAGACUCUAGAAUUGAUUAACAGCCCCAAGACUCACAAUUUCAUACCAUUUUUGAAUUAUUAUUAUUUGAAUCUUUGUAGAUUUAAUUUGUGCUGUUAAUGAUACUUUGUCCAAAUACGAAAUUUGGGAUAUCUUAUUUAGCCAACGAACAGGUCACCGGUCAUGCAAAAAGCUUUAAAAAAAUUAUAAAAUACUUUUGGGCCUAAGUGUUGGGACUUGUGCGGGUUUUCAGGCAACACUUACAUAGGAUGUUAACACCAGAUGUAAACACAGAACUCGAAAUCAACCAUUUGGGUUGUUGAUAGGGUGUUAAUGAAUUGUAUCACAAGUUUUCUGGAGAGCUAAUAUAAAACUUGGCUGUCAUGUUAUUGCUACCCUUGUUGGCCUUCUCCACAGUUAUAUUUUGACUAUUGACAAUUUAGCAGGGCAAUAUUACAGGUCCCUAGCUUUAAAGCUAUAAAAACAACUGAUUUUAAUGAAAAAAAAUAUAUAAGAGGCAGCUUUGUAACCCCCC